UUUAUGAAAUCCCAAAACCCCAUAUUUAACCACCCAAUUCUUCAAAUAGUGCAGAGAUGCCACAGCCUCAACACCCUUAAGCAAGCCCAUGCGCAAAUGAUAACAACUGGUCUUGCACUCCAUACAUACUGUCUCGGUCACCUCCUUAAUAUAUCCUCCAAACUUGCCUCAACCUACGCUCUUACCAUCUUCAACUGUGUCCCAACCCCAACAGUUUUUCUUUAUAAUACACUCAUUUCUUCAUUGACUAGUCACAGUGACCAAGUUCAUAUAGCCUUCUCACUUUAUAACCGAAUUCUCACCCACAAGACCCUCCAACCCAAUAGCUUCACUUUUCCUUCCCUCUUCAAGGCUUGUGCCUCUCACCCAUGGCUCCAAUAUGGUCCACCCCUCCACACCCAUGUUUUGAAAUUCCUUCAACCCCCCUAUGAUAACUUUGUUCAAGCCUCAUUGCUCAAUUUCUAUGCUAAAUAUGGAAAAUUGUGUGUGUCAACAUGUCUGUUCAAUCAAAUUAGUGAACCUGACUUGGCCACAUGGAAUACCAUGUUGGCUGCAUAUGCAAAUAGUGCCAGUUAUAGUUACUCAACCAGUUUUGAAGAUGCUGAUAUGUCCUUUGAGGCAUUGUCUUUGUUCACUGACAUGCAGUUUUCUCAAAUAAGGCCUAAUGAAGUUACACUUGUGGCAUUGAUAACUGCAUGUUCUAAUUUAGGUGCUCUUAGUCAAGGUGCUUGGGCUCAUGGUUAUGUGAUGAGGAACAAUCUUAAGCUGAAUCGCUUUGUGGGAACUGCACUGGUGGAUAUGUAUUCCAAAUGUGGCUGUCUGAAUCUGGCAUAUCAGUUGUUUGAUCAGUUGCCUGAUAGGGACACAUUUUGCUACAAUGCCAUGAUUGGGGGGUUUGCAGUUCAUGGUCAUGGGAAUCGGGCACUUGAGCUUUAUAGAAAGAUGGAACUUGAGGGCUUAGUUCCUGAUGGUGCAACUAUUGUGGUUAGUAUGUUUGCGUGCUCUCAUGUUGGAUUGGUAGAGGAGGGCUUGGAGAUAUUCGAGUCCAUGAAGGAGGUUCAUGGGAUGGAACCAAAACUUGAGCAUUAUGGAUGCCUAAUCGAUCUUCUGGGUCGAGCUGGGCGAUUAAAGGAGGCAGAGGAGAGGUUACAAGAUAUGCCCAUGAAACCAAAUGCAAUUUUGUGGAGAUCUUUACUUGGUGCAGCAAGACUUCAUGGCAAUUUAGAGAUGGGGGAAGUUGCUCUCAAACACUUAAUAGAGUUAGAACCUGAAACUAGUGGAAACUAUGUGCUUCUGUCUAAUAUGUAUGCUAGCAUUGCUAGGUGGAAUGAUGUGAAGAGAGUGAGGAUGCUGAUGAAAAAUCAUGGGGUUAACAAGUUGCCAGGAUUUAGCUUAGUGGAGAUUGAUGGUGCCAUGCACGAGUUUCUCACAGCUGACAAAACUCAUCCAUUUUCAAAAGAAAUAUAUUUGAAGAUUGAGGAGAUAAAUAGAAGACUCCUAGAAUAUGGUCACAAGCCAAGAACAUCAGAGGUUUUGUUUGAUGUGGAAGAAGAAGACAAGGAAGAUGUCCUUUCUUACCACAGCGAAAGGCUAGCUAUAGCAUUUGCUCUUAUAGCAUCUCCUUCAAGUUUGCCUGUAAGAAUUAUUAAAAACCUUCGAGUUUGUGGGGAUUGUCAUGCUAUUACCAAGCUAAUAUCAGCGGCAUAUCAAAGAGAUAUUAUAGUUAGAGAUCGAAAUCGGUUUCACCAUUUUAAGGAUGGGAGUUGUUCUUGUCUAGAUUACUGGUGA